AUGACAGACUACGGCGAGGAGCAGUGGAAUGAAAUAGAAGCAAUAGAGUCAAUUUAUCCAGACUCAUUUACAGGUGAUAGGCUACUGACUAAAAAUUAUAUAUUUGAAUGCGGAUGUGUUCUGCUUUCCGAAGAGCCCCCAAGCUUCACCAUCACAGUUACUUCUGAUGCUGGAGAAAAGGAGGAGACGGUGGAGGUGACCCUGAAAUUUACAUAUGUGGAGAAAUAUCCAGAUGAGCCUCCUCUCUGGGAGAUCCACUCACAGGUGAACCUGGAAGAUUCAGAUGCAGAAGAUAUUCUUACUCAUUUGAAGGAACAGGCUGAAGAAAACCUGGGAAUGGUUAUGAUAUUCACGUUAGUGACAGCUGUGCAAGAGAAACUUAAUGAAAUAGUUGACCAGAUUAAGAGCAGAAGAGAAGAGGAGAAACAAAGAAAAGAAAGCGAGGCUGAGGAAGCCGAAAAGUGUGCAUUCCAAGGCACAGUGGUUACCAUUGAGAACUUCUUAUCAUGGAAAGCUAAAUUUGAACAAGAAAUGACAGAACUAAAGAGGAAAAAGCAGAAAGAAGAGGAGCAGUCUGCAAAGGGAAAACCCACAGGAAAACAGCUUUUUGAGACUGACCAUAAUCUUGACACAUCAGAUAUCCAGUUUUUGGAGGAUGGUGGGAACAGUGUGGAAGUGGACGAGUCACUAUUCCAAGACAUUGAUGAUUUGGACCUGGAUGAAGAUGACCCUGAUUUCAACCCUCUGGACCUAGCUAGUGAUGAAGACUGA